AUGGCCAAAGGCAGCGGCGGCGGGGGCGUCCUCGGCAAGCUCAAGUGCAUGGUGAGGAGGUUGCACCCCGCAGCCCCUAGCGACGGCGGCAAGUUUCCGGCGGUGGCGGUGGCGGUGGCGGCGGCGGCGGCGAGAAGCAGAAGCAGGGCCUCCUCGACGGCGGUGGGGGACAACGGGGACAAGGGGAUGUGGCGGAGCGACGGCGGCGCGGCGGAGGAGGAGGUGCCGCUGGGGCUGCACCCGGUCUACGUGGGCAAAUCCCGGCGGCGGUACCUGAUAAGCUCCGACCUCGUUGACCACCCUCUCCUCCGUGUGCUGCUGCAGCGGUCGGCUGGCGCCGCCGCCGAGGAGGCCGGCGGCGGCGGCGGCGGCAGGCCGACGCCGGUGGUCGGGUGCGAGGUCGUGCUGUUCGACCACCUCCUCUGGAUGAUCGAGAAUGCCGAUCCCCAGCCCGAGUCUCUCGACGAGCUCGUCGAGUUCUACGCCGUCUGA